CAUAUCUGCUGCAAUGCAUCACUUGUAUCAUGAAGGUAUGCACACCCAAAUAGUCUAUCCAGAAAUCAAGAAAAAAAAUCCUCCUUAUGCCACCAAACUGAUUGUGUCAUUGACGGCCAUUAUCAAAGACAAACGUAAUGCAGAAAGAUAGGUCUCACAGUAGCAGCACUGCAGAAGAAACAUCCGAGACACAGCAGUUUCGCUAUGCAGCCACCAGGCAGACUAAACGCAUGCAGUGGGAAACAUGCCGUAGGCUUACUGAAUUUUCGUGGUGCAUCAAUUUUUGUAUGUCACGUUUUAAUAUAAGUAGCAUUUGAAAAUAAGUUGGCCCCAUCUACUAGGCUCCAGGAAUUUAGCUCAGUGAUCAGCAUUUGUUUGUCUGCUGGUCCAGCCAAGCUGCUUCAUUAUAUGUAAGUAUAGGUUUACCUAUAUAAAUACAUCAUUUAACAUAGACAAACUGACAAUAUUUGCACAGUUGCAGUUUGCCAACUAACUUUAAAUUAACCUAGACUAACUAUGAAAUAACUAUGAAAAGCUACAAGUUCAGAAUUGUCAUUGAAGCCAUAGACAUAAAAUAGCGCCAGCACAACGUGUGCCUUUCCGUCUUCUAGUGUUUCUAUGGUGAUACCAAAACACAGAACCAGUGUCCACGUUCCGAAAAAGAACACAGUUGAAUUUGUCUCGCUACAAGUAGGCUUUUUAGCUAGUAACCUUCUCUAAGCUAGUCAGUAGGGGCCUUGUAGACAGAAGGCUGGUUAGCGCAGAUGUUCUGUUUUACAAAAGUAAACCGAUAACUUUUACAUCUACUCUGGUAAAUUUCCAGGGUACAGUAAAAUAGCCUACAUAGCAGGCUUAAUUGGGCUAAGGAAAUUCAAAGUCAUUUUAAGUGGUCGAAACUAAUCAUUUUCAGCAUGAAUACUUACAACCAAAGGACACGAAGUGCAGAACUCACAAGUACUGGAAUCGGGCACAAAUUUGUGCACCCUACGCCUUUCCAUAUAAAUUCGAAGAAUGGCCCGCUGCCUCUCUCGCUUGAGAGGCCUCGCACCUCAGUGGCUUCCUCCUUUACACCUACCUCACACAUGGAGCACGACAGGAAGCCACUGACUGGACCACUGGCUGACAUCAAGUACACCUUGGCUCCACCACACUGGAAGACCCACACAAUGGCUGAUUUGAAGCGGAGGAUUGAGAACUGCUGGGGCUUGCGGGUGCUUCCCAGUCCAAUCAGUGAGGCACGGGACAACUACAGGGGCCAACCAGCACGCAUCACCCCCCAUACAGCACACUACAAUGAGUUAUUGGCACUGUAUGGAAAGCUUGCUACAGAUCGGACCAUGGCAGCUCCAGGUCCAUUCCUCAGCACCACUCACAGAGAUUACAGGGUCUUUAACAGUUCUGAAUUGACUUCAUCAUACUCGGGCCAGGGGAACUCACUCCGUCAAGGACUGACAAAGAGCUCUGCCUACAGCCACACAGCUCCCCAUAAGGCCCCAGCCACUGCCUUCUGUUAUCCACGGCUGUCUCAGCGCUCUGUGCCGGUGCCCCACAGGGCCUACACAUCUCAGUACAGGGACAGCUUCACCACUCCUGCCUUGCCUCACAGCCUGUCACACCACGUCCAGCCCCAGCACAUGAGCACAUAGCACACUUUAAAUCAGUGGCGUAACAUAGUUACGACUGGCCCAGGUGCAGGCUAUUAUGACGGGCCCUAGUCAGUGGUGUAAGGCAGUGGUUCCCAAACAUUUUACAGUCCCGUACCGUACCCAGCCGCCGCCUACAACACUUAAAACUGUGAAAUUGUCAGGGUAUGUCACUAACCGCCGCCACCACGCCCC